UUUUUCUCUUUCGGCUUUAAAAUAGUGAAAAUGGCGAAUAAGAAAACACGUGGUCCGGAUAAAGCUAAAACUAAUACAGACAAUAUUGUUGUUAAAAGACAAGAAGAUGCACCCGACAUUGUUAAACAACCUCCGGUUUUUACCGACGAUUCAAGGUAUUUAUGCAUCGCGUCUGGCCGCCAAGUAGGAAUUUACAGCAUCCAAUCGGGAGAUAAAGUGCAUUGUUUAAAAAAACAUAGUUUUGAUAUCAUUGGUUUGGGUAUCAAAGAGGAGAAUAUUCUCUACUUGUGUGACACCUCUGGAGACGUUAUUGAAUGGGAUAUAAAAGACGGAAAACUACUGAAGAAAACUUCAGUUGCAGUUGAUGGCAUGAAAAAAUUCUGUUCUUUUUACUAUCCAGGAAAUGGCAUGUUUCUGUUAUCAACUCCAGCAAAAAAUACCAACGGUUCCUCUCUUUGGAUUGUCAAUAGCACAAGUGAAAGGGAAAUUUUCUCUGAAGAUAUUAGAAAAGAACCCCAGUCUGUUGCAUUUGGCUGUGAUCAAGGAAAUGGAUCACUGGUUAUAGGGGCCUUGAAUUACCAAUGUAAUGGUGUGUUGGUCAAAGACAUGAAUAGUGGAGCUGAGAAAAAGCACAUGACAGACAAGAGAAAGUUCACUUGUAUUGCUUUGCACAAGGAAAAACUUAUAAUGGCCACAGGAGAUAUCUCCGGCCGUAUUCUUAUUUGGCAUGACUUUGUUAAUCAGAUCAGACCAGUGAAGACUGUGUACCAUUGGCACACACUUGCUGUUUCCUCGGGUGAAUACCUUUACAGUGGAGGAUCUGAGAAAGUAAUGGUCAAGUGGCGACUUGAAGCUAUACGUAUAAUUGAUUCGACCAACAAAAUCAAUCGGGCCAUUUUUGGUGGGUUGGUCAAACACGAUCCGAUCCGUGGUCUUGAAGAUGGUGAAUCAAAGAAAGAAUCGGUGAUGCCUACUGGUCUGGUUUUUGAUCCACGAACCCAAGGAAUUUUCUUCAAUUCACAAGCUGGAUUCCUCCAGCUUUUUGAUCCUCUGAGAAGUUCCAUGAUUUUCAAUAUGGACAUUGCCAAUCGCAACGUUCUGACUGACGAACGAAACACCAUCAUCGGUAACGCCGAAGUGUUGCGAGUUGCUGUGUCACCCACAGGCUAUCAUGACAUGAACUUAAAGUUUUGGCGAUACGACGCUGUGCAAGCCAACUACGAACUCAACACGGACGUAACUAUGCCACACCACGAUCGGAUCACCUCCCUGGCCUUCCAACCGGGACUACUGGGCACAGAGUACCCUUGCCUCUGGACUUGCGACGUUGCAGGAGACUUCCGUAAAAUGAUGCCAACCGCUGCAUCCUUUUCGGAAGACGGCUCGUUACUGGCCAUUGCUUUUCAAGACACUGUUACUUCAUGGGAUCCAAUGACCAUCAACCUCAACACGACUUUAAGCCAUAACCUUAUUGAAGGUAGAAGCUGAUGGAAUUCGGAAGAGAUCAAUGCUUUCGGUAUCUCGUUUGUGCUUCAAAAUCAUCCCUCUUUGCAUGGGAUGUAAUUAGUAAAGGACUAGUUUGGAAAGUCGGGAAAUUACGUAGCCCUAUCAGGUGUUUGGUGCCUGAUCCCAAGUCCAGCUUUAUGGCAGUGGUCUUGCAAAACAGUGAAGUGUUCGUGUUCGCACCUUCGAGUUCGAAACCGGUACAUACUAUAACGAACGUGAAGAGUUCAGAACCUAUUGCGGCUCUUUUUGUUCCCCGACCGAAUCCUCUGGCAAACAGUCCAGAAUGGCUAGUAAAUUCACGGCUUUUGAUUGUUGAUGAUCAACAAGAAUUUUACAGUGUGGAUGACAAUUCCGUCUGUGGUUUUGACGAGAAGUUGACAACCCCAAUUUCUCACAUUGACAGUUUACCUUGGACUCCUUUCUCAGCCAUCAAAGCACAGAAACAGAUCUCGGCAGCUAAGCAGAUAGUUCCGGUCAUCCAUCAAACUAACGGCAUCAAGGGAUAUAAAUCAGUUCAAUCGCUGUUGGAGACGUCAACUUCCACCUUACCUCCAAUGUCUAGAAUUUGCAAUUCCUUCAUGAUUGACCUCAUGAUUAAGCAUGACCCCAAAUUGAUGACCGUGAAAGCUGACUCCGAGAAUGGUGCAACGAAUGACUUGCCUACGCUCAUGAACGGGCAUAUCGAGUCAAAGAUGCCGGCAUUGAAGGAAGAAGCGACUCAACAAAAAUUAUUGACAUUGGAUUGCCAAUGGAUAACUAAGAACUGAAAUAAUUUGACACAUUGUAAAACUGUCUCUUGGCUUUCUUUGUUUUUGAUAUAUGCAAUCCGCCAAUUACGCCUUUA